GAUAGAGGAUGAAAAACCAGAUUUUCUCCACUCACUAUAUAUUGUGUUCACAACGCUUGUUCAUGCCAGUAGAAAACUUGCGGUGAGCGAAGGGAAACCAUGGCAUCACUAAGGCUUACACUGUGUGCUGUUUUUGUUGUGGUUUUAAUGGCAGCACUUGAAGUGAAGUCAGAACCCAUUAUAUGUAGGGUCAACUACCCGAAGGCAGGGAAAUGUCCCGCCUAUCUAAGCUUACAAAAUUACCCUGCCGAUACCCCUCCGUCAAGUGCCCGCUGCGAAUGCGCCACUGACUACGACUGCCGGAGAGGCCACCUGUGUUGUGAGGGUCAGGGCGGGUUCACUUCCAGUUGCUACGAACCCGAAGCAUAGGAGCCGGAGUUUCGACUCGUGGGUUGGCGAGUAAGGAGAGAUUUGUAUCUGAUGAAGUAAAAGAGAGAAUGUCA